AUGGCUGACGAUGCUUCUCACGGGGCCAGCAGCUCGACUGUGAAACCUGCUGAUGAUCCAGAGUCUACCAUCGAGAUCAACAUCAAGACCCUGGAUUCACAAGUCCACAAACUUCGCGUGGAGAAGAAUGCACCUGUUUCCGUUUUAAAAGAGAAGGUUGUUGAAGCGACUGGGGUUCCAUUGGAUCAGCAGCGCUUGAUAUUUAGAGGAAGAGUCUUGAAGGAUGAUCACCUCCUAUCAGAAUACCAUUUGGACGAUGGAUAUACAUUGCAUCUGGUCGCUCGGCGUGCAGCAGAGGGCCAGAAUUCUUCUGGGGCUUUUGAAGGAAAUACACAUGCUAAUGUAAAUGUUACUGGAAAUGGAGGAUUGUUGGAUGAUAUUUCCAGGAGUGUUCGGGAUCUUCUGGGUUCCUUAGGUGUUGCAAUGUCUGGUGGUGUCACUAACACGGCAUUUUCGGUUCCUUUGACUACCGCGCCAGAAGGACCCAAUAAUGUGCCCGGAAGAGCUCAGCCAAUGAACCCAGCGCAACCAGGAUUCUCAGUUCUAAAUCAUCAAAUACAAGUAACACAACUUCAGCCGCCAGGAGCCAUUCCUCGCAACAUGAUUAUUCCAGAUUCUUUGACAACUCUGUCGGAGUACAUGGAUCGCAUUGACCAAGUAUUACAGAAUAAUGGUGCUCCACCAUCCAGGGAUUCACAAAGCCAGCAACAACCGACAGUAGAUGAUGCUAAUGUCAGCCCGAGAUAUCCAAGUCCUGAUGUUUUGGCUUCAGUUAUUGAGAGAGCCCAACAACUUCUUGGCGGCAGUGCAUCUUCUGCUCUUUCGCACAUUGCACAACGUAUUCGGCAAGAUGGUGGGACUGCGGAUGCAUCUCUUCGCCGUGAGAUCCAAACUGAAUCUGUUCAGCUAGGAAUUUCGAUGCAACAUUUGGGUGCUAUGUUUUUUGAGCUUGGUCGGACGAUGAUGAUGCUCCGCACAGGGCUAUCUCCUUCUGAGGCUUUUGUAAACUCUGGGCCUGCUGUUUAUAUAAACUCCACAGGACCAAACCCAAUCAUGGUUCAGCCAUCUUAUCAAAACACCCCUCCUUUUGGUGUAUCUAAUAUACCAGUUAUGGGUGGAAUUUCUGGUGCUUUUGGUAUUGUUGAUCCUUCUCGAUCAUCUGGUUUCGGUGAUCCUUUUCGACGUAUGAAUGUCCCAAGUAGCGGUGCAUCUGCAACAAGUGGUUCAGCUGCUGGUACUACCACAACUUCUGAAGGAGCUAUCAACGGGAACCGCCAAGAUGCGGCAAGAACUCAAGGAGGUAACACACCGGGUCACCCGGCUGCAACACGUGGAUUGCCAACCAGAACAGUUGUUGCUGCUGUUCCAGCACGGUCCUCAGCCGAGGCUCCAAACCAUGUCUUUAGUGUUAUUCUGCCUGUUCAAGUGAGGGGCCAAGUUGCAGUGCCUAAUCAGUCCUCUCAAGGUUCUCAAACAGCAGUGGGCAAUGGAGCUCAAGGAAAUUCAACAUCUGCUGGUCCACAAGCUUCUGUUGGUGGUGUUUCUGGUGUUCCUCCUAUAGUGGCACAGGUAGCCAAUGCAUUGGCCGCAAAUGCACCAAGCCAGGUUUCUUUAUCUACACAAACUGCAGCAGAUCAGGGAUUUCACCCGACCAUAGACAGCAGAGCUGAUGUUCUAGUUCUUCAACACCAGCCACUACACCACCGCAGAAUGAUCCCUCAGCAUCCACAAUUGGGAGAUACUUGUGCAGAUACAGCCGACUUACCAGGAGACGCCACAGCCACCAAUACUCAUGAUGUUCCUUCGAACGCAUCAGUAGAAAAUUCUGCGCUGAAGAACAAAUUCUCGGAUGAAGUAGGUUCACAGCCCACUGAACCUUCUGCAAGUGACAGUGCUGAACCAUUAGGUCUUGGCGGAGGUCUGAUUCCAAAGAAACGGAGCAGAGCAGUAAAGCCAUCUGGGAGCACAACUGAUCCUGGUAGGGAUUCAUCGUUAGUCAGCCAAAACCAAGAUCCUAUUUCAGUGGCCCAGCAGUUUCUGGAAGGUUUUGCUUCCCGAAAUACUAAUGCUAGCAGAAGCAAUGCCCCCGCCUCUGGUCCUCCAUCCUCUGUGCCACAGCCUACUGAAGUUCCUCCGAGAAGACAGGGUGGUGGACAACCUGAUAUUGGCAGCAUGAUAUCUGGUAUGCUCAACAACCCAGUUUUCAGCAACAUAUUGUCGAAUGUUGCAACACAAGCAGGGGGCUCAAGUGCUGAUUUGAGGAGCGUGAUGGAAGGAUUACAGAGCCCUGCUAUUGUGGAUACGAUAAGCAGUAUCGUGCAGAAUGUGGAUGAGCAAGACCUUGGGGCCAUGCUUGGUUCAGGCAGGGGGCAAGGCGGCAUGGAUUUGUCAAGAAUGUUGCAGCAAAUGAUGCCUGUUGUAUCCCAGGCUCUUGGUGGAGCAGGGGGCCGUUCUGCUGGUGCAAAUAGUAGACAAUCUAGGUCAUGGCCUCAGCGCAUUGACAGUGGAGAAGGAAAUGUACCAGCUAGCAGUUCUCAGAUUGAUCUCAACCAAGCUCGUCAAAGCAUUGAACAACAUGAAUCUCCAGAGAAUAUCUUCAGCUCUGUCCUUGAAACUGCUGCUCAGGCCUAUGGCGAAGAUGACAGCAUUCAAGGAAUGAUCGAAGAGCUUUCCAGUGAUCAAGAGCUUACCGAUGAAUACUUGAAAUUUUUGGUGGACCAAGUUCGGCAGAGGGUACAGUCAGAGUCGCAGUCCGGGAGCCAGCCUUGA